UGCACGCGAAAGAAAAGUCAAGUAAACCAUACUUGUAAUCAACACUAGUGUAAAAUGACACCUCACUUUCAUGCAUUCUUAUAUAUAGAGAGAAAUAAUAAGCGAGGAGACGGGAAACAGGAAGCAGAAAUGAAAGCAAGCAGCUUAGUGGUUUUGGUAGUGUUAGCUUUGCUUUUGUUCACCCAAAUUGCAACAGAGGCCAGGUCACAUUCCCACCAUAGAGGACAACAACAACAACUCAGAAGAAGAAGAAGCGGCGGCGGUGGAAGAACAUCUUCAAACUGUGACCCAUUGUUUCAGUUCCUGUUUGGAACCUGCGGUCAAUGGCCUUUCUCAACAUCUCCCUCUCCCGACAAUCCUUUUCUUCCUAGAAGGCCUCCCCCUCCUUUAAUAUCUCCACCGUUGCCUCCGCCUUUACCACCUCCUGCUCAACCAAUUGUUCAACCAUCCCCUCCCCCAUUACUCCCAUCCCCACCACCUGUUGUCUCUGCUCCACCACCUUCAUCACCACCCCCCUCCCCUCCACCUCAAUCCCCACCACCACCACCUCCACCAUUAGUGCCUUCACCACCACCACCAUCAAUCCCACCACCAUCGCUAAUCCCACCACCACCGCUAGUUUUUUCACCUCCUCCGCCUGAUGUUAUUCCCUCGCCAGUAUUCCCAUGGCUAAGUCCUCCAGACACCCCAUCCCUUCCAGAUCUCUCACCACCACCAAACGUUUUCCUUCCACCGCCAGAGGAAAUUACACCCCCACAACCUGAGUUGACACCAGCACCACCUCUAAUCCCUGCAUUUUCUCCACCGGCUGAUGAAUUUACACCAGUUCAGCCCAUAUUUGCUCCUCCAACCAACCCGAACUUACCACCAGGCGAUGAAUUUACACCAACAACGCCAUUUCUGCCCAUAUUCGCUCCACCAACAGAUGAGUUUCAACCAGCACCGCCAUUUAUGCCUAUAGUUUUUCCACCGCCAGCACAAGAUCUGCCGCCUGAUGUGACUAUCCCGGCACCUCUAGUCCCCAUAUUUUCUUCACCACCUGACCCUCCACGACUUCCAUUGUUACCACCAGAACAGCCCUUUACAGAUGCACCACCCAUUGAUUCAACUGGUCCACCAAAUGUCUUUCUGCCACCACAGGUGGUUCCCACAAUCCCUGAGAUUCCUCAGCAGCCGCUUCCAUUUUCAUCGACUCCAGCAGCACCAGAUACGGGUUUCGUUGAUCCAGUGCAGCCAAUGUUGUCGCCUCCACAAUCUUUCUUGCCACCGUUCCAGCUUCCCUCAUCGUUUGAUUCGCCACCUUUUAAAAAUUAAACUUCCGUCUUAUAUUACACGGCAUUAAAUAUAUGUUUUUAGAAUAAGGAGAAGGUAGUUGAUGGAUGCUUUUCCCUUGUUGAAAAGUUUGACUUGUUUUUAUUAGGUUUGCUUUAUGCAUAGUUUUUCCUGUUUCAUGUAUAAUAUUUUGUUUACGUUCAAUGGAUAUAGCAAUGCACGGAAAGUUUGAUUUAAAGAAGGAAGAACAUGAAAUCAAGUCCAAGACCUAAUAAAUUGGUCUAAUUUUGU